CUGAUGACGUCACUUUAGCAUGGCGGCUAGCAUGGCAACAACAGCAAAAAGGUCACAAAAAUCCUCCUCGUUCUGAAGUCUGAUUCAUUUAACACAAAGAGAUUUUAAAGUUACAAAUCUGAAAGCAGCUCAGUCUCUGUAUUAUGGCUUUACUUGGGAAUCUGAGACCGAUGCUUUCUUCUCUCCUGCAAGCAUCAAGAGUCGCAUUCCCCUGGUCUGGAUCUCUCUUCACCAGGAGCAUGGCUACACUCAAUCAGAUGCACCGCCAGGGAAAACCCUCCCCACCGCCCAAAAAGCUCGGCGCCACAUUUGGUCGGCCACAAUUAAAGGCUGUAGUUCUAAAGACCAUGAUCAGAAAGCCCAAGAAGCCCAACUCUGCCAACCGCAAAUGUGCCCGGGUCCGUCUCUCUAACGGUAAAGAAGCUGUGGUGUUCAUUCCUGGCGAGGGACACAACCUGCAGGAACACAACGUUGUGUUGGUGCAAGGAGGUAGGACACAGGACCUGCCGGGGGUCAAACUUACUGUCGUCAGGGGCAAAUACGACUGUGCCCACGUCAUAAAGAAGAAGCAGUAACUUGUGUGCAUGGCUGGAACUUUGUUUCUACAAUGGAGCGACUAGACUUUGACACCUUCAAAAUUGUUUAGUUUUUGUAUUUACAGUAAUAAGAAUCUGCAUUCAACUUCAUUUGUAUUUAAUGUGAUCUAAAUGCUUAUACUCAACAAAAUAAACUCAAAUAAUAAUAAACCUG